AUGCUCGCGUAUGCUGAGGACGUCCCCGGAAACCGCAUUGGUCCGGACGACGCGCCCUGGCCACUCCCCUACCAGCUCCUCGAGGAGAAGGACAUCUGGAAUGAGCUCCGCCAACUCGCGAAACCUCAGUCCGCAACCCUCGAGUCCGCUGGAGGCUUGCGCGCAGACAGUGUCAACUUCCAGCCAGCUCCUUCCGCACGGACUCAGGACCGCUAUGCUGUCAAGCAGCUGCUUGUUCACGGCCGCACUUGGACUCUUACAGGUGUCUUCGAUGGUCAUCUCGGGGACGCCACUGUCGAUCACGUCGCGCACCAUCUUCCGAUCAUCGUACAGGAAUUCCUGGAGGAGGCGCAUGCCACAAAUCCCGCUCGCCUCGAUGAUCCUGCCUUCAUUUGUGACCUAUUCUCCCGCUCAAUAGUCGCGUUCGACGAUGCUAUCGCUCAUGAUGUGCUCGAUAUCUUCGGUGGGAUCGAAGGUCUUGACCAUUAUGACGAUGCCACCAUUCGCGCUAUUAUCAACGAUCAGCACGAAGGCGGUGAGCGUUAUCGGAAAACACUCCUGUGCAUGUACGGAAGCACGGCGUUAGUCUCGCUCGUCGACCCCAACCACGAGAACCUCUGGGUGGCGAAUCUAGGGGACUGUACAGCGACAAUUCUGUAUAAAUCAGAGAAUAAUCAAUGGGUUGUCGAGCGCCUCACAGCCGAGCACAAUGGCUACAACGAUGCCGAACUCGAGCGCAUACGUCGCGAACAUCCGGACGAACCCGACUGUGUCAUCGACCGCCGCAUUCUCGGUGCUCUUGCCCCCACCCGCUGCCUCGGCGACGUGCCCUUCAAACAACCUCCCGUCUUCAGCCGUCGCAUCCUCUACAAUCUUGCUCCCGGUUUCCAAAAUCGCGGCCCUUGGGAGGCUUUCCUCCAGCGCAAUCGUACGCCGCCUUACAUCACUGCGCAACCAGACGUCGUGCAUCGGCAACUCGAUUCACGCGCUCGCUUCCUCGUACUCACGUCGGACGGAUUCACCGAUCUUUGUGGCGAGCAGGGCAUCGAGCCUGUCCUUCGUCGGUGGGCAGCCGAUGUCGAGGAUGGCAGACGUACACUGCCUCCCGAUGCGCCGCGCGUCGCAGAGAACCUGGCACUGCGGCUAUUGCGCCAGGCUAUAGGAGGCGAGGACCGCGGCAGCGUCAGCCGCGUGCUUACCCUCGACAUCGAUGGCGCCUGGAUCGAUGACACCUCGAUUGUCGUGCUCCGAUUCUAG